AUGCUCCCACAAUGUCCCGGUCCGCUCUGGGCCGUGGAUGAUCUGUCGCGGUGCUUCCAGCGCAAUACUCUGCAAGUCACCCUUCCCCUCGCAGCCUGCAUUGUAUCGCUGCUCUUUAUCAUCACACAAUUAGCCUAUCGUUAUGUGGUCUCCAACAAAGGUGUCGCUUAUAAGGUCCUCUCAAACGAUGCCUCCGAAAAUGAGGUUCCCAAUGGCCCGGAAUCCGAUUCCGAUCCUAUGCUGUUCCAGGCCGCACAAACCGAACUAGAUCACUUGAAACUGGAGGUGGACCGCCCUCGUGGAGAAAUUGUGGUCGUUGCGCUGGAGAUUGCCGCACUCGUCGGUCAAGUCGCACUCUACGUGGUGAUUCUGUCGACCGGUGGUUGGGGCCGUCAUGGUACUAUUCCUGCUAUCGCCGGUCUGGUAUCUUGGGGCUAUGUUCUCUUCUUGGUUUUGGUGCGGCUUCUACUGUCGACUAUGGAUCUCUUCUCUGCCCCGAGACUUUGGAACCACACGGCGGCAUUGUACGCCCUACAGUGGCUAUUUAACAUUAUGGUGUUCCGAUCCGCUGUCAUUCAUCCGCUAUCGAAACACGCCCUGGUUCUUAGCAGCAUCGCAUUCGCGCUGAGCACAUUGCUUCUCUUAAUCGCGCUUACUACUCGCCGUGGCAACAAGCCCGUUCUAGUGGAGCACGAGGAUGGGUUAGAACCUCCGCGUCAUCCAAUGGCAAGUCUUCUAUCCUUGGCCACAUAUGCUUGGCUGGAUCCACUCAUCAUGAAGGGCUAUCGGCAACCGUUAGAGCUCAAGGACGUAUGGAAUUUGACUCCUCAGCAAAAGGCGGCCGCGGUUGUGACCGAUUUUCGAAAGCGGCAGAUGAAGGGCUCUAUGGCAUGGAAGCUCCUCCGAUACUUUUUCGGGACCAUCUUGAAGCAAGGUCUCUGGACAAUUUUUGCCAAUCUCUUCGUCUUCGUUCCCAGUCUACUUCUUAAAGCAAUUCUCGAAUAUGUCGAAGACCCUCGUUCGACGACCCCCAAUGCCGCUUGGUUGUAUGCGAUUCUCCUGUUUUGCUCUGCUAUUGUUCAAGGUGUGGCAGAUGGCCAGGCGCUCUAUAUCGGUCGCAAGAUGGGUGUCAAGAUCCGUGCUAUCAUCAUUGGUGAGAUUUAUGCCAAAGCGCUCCGGCGCAAGGCUGGUGCGUCCACGGAUGUUGCCCGUAAAGCGCUAAAGGAGCAACAGGAGGCGCCCAAGGACACCAAGAAGAAAAACCGGAUCUUUUCAUUCGGCCGGAAGAAGAAGUCUGCUGAUCAAAAUGAUGCCGAGAAUGGUGUCAAGCCUGAGUCCAAGGUGGAGGAAGCCGCUUCGCAGGCAAACGUUGGUACCAUUAUCAAUCUAAUGGCCAUUGACUCUUUCAAGGUCAGCGAAGUUGGUGCAUACCUCCAUUUCCUGUGGGCCAGUGUGCCAGUGCAGAUUGGCAUGGCCAUCUUUCUGCUAUAUAAGAUCAUGGGCUAUAGUUCAUUCGCUGGUAUCGUUCUGAUGGCCUUGAUGCUUCCCGUCAAUCUUUUCAUUGCCCGGCAGUUCAAUCGGGUCCAAAACCAGAUCCUCAAGGGCACCGAUGCACGAAUCCAUGCGACCAAUGAAGUCCUCCAGAAUAUCCGGAUCAUCAAGUAUUUUGCAUGGGAACAGCGUUUCCAGGAUAUUGUUAAUGAAAAACGCCGGGCUGAACUGAAGUCGCUGCGACGUCGCUACAUCCUGUGGUCUUGUGCUGCUACGGUCUGGUACGGCACUCCCAUUCUGAUUACUUUCCUUUCGUUCUUCCUAUACACAGUUGUGGAAAAGAAGCAACUGACCCCUUCAAUUGCCUUCCCCGCCUUGUCAAUGUUCUCGCUGCUGCGUGUCCCCUUGGAUCAACUGGCAGAUAUGGUGGCCCACGUUCAGGAGUCCAAGGUCUCCCUCGACCGUGUGGAUGAAUAUCUGAACGAGGAAGAGACAGAGAAAUAUGAUCAGCUGCGCGAUAGUCUCACGGAUGGCCCAACUCAAAUUGGACUGCAAAAGGCGACCCUCACCUGGGGAACUUCCAAGCCUAGCUCUCAACAACCCUCUACAUCAUCUGAAGCAGGUGCGGACGCCUUUCGCCUGAUUAACGUGGAUGUCAAUUUCCCGCUCGGUCGUCUUAGCAUCAUUGCGGGACCCACGGGCUCUGGCAAGACAUCCCUGCUCAUGGCCUUGCUUGGCGAAAUGCGACUCAUCGAGGGUCGCGUUCAUCUGCCUGGUGGCAUGGCAAAUCGUGCUGACCUUCCGGUUGACCCUGAAACUGGCCUGAUUGACAGCAUCGCCUACUGUGCCCAAGAAGCAUGGUUGGUGAACGACACUGUGAAGGAGAACAUUAUCUUCGCUUCCCCGCCCGACGAGAAGCGUUACCGCGCAGUUCUGAAGGCGUGUGCUUUGGAACGUGAUAUCGCUAUUCUUGAUGCCGGCGACCAAACCCUGGUUGGUGAAAAGGGAAUUAGUUUGUCGGGUGGACAGAAGCAGAGAAUCUCUCUUGCCCGAGCCAUCUACAGCAGCGCCCGCCACUUGCUGCUGGAUGACUGUCUCUCCGCCGUCGAUUCUCACACUGCUAAGCACAUUUUCCGCCAGGCCCUGACCGGCCCCUUGAUGAUGAAUCGUACCUGCAUUUUAGUGACUCACAAUGUUUCUCUCACCGUCCCUCAGGCAGAUCAUGUGGUUGUACUUGAUAAUGGAAAGAUCAGCGCCCAGGGCCGGCCUGAUAGCGUUGCUGCCACCGGCGCCCUUGGUGAAGAGUUUUUGAAGUCUCGACCAGCCUCGCGUGCUAGCUCGCGCGGUCUAUCUCGUGUUCCGUCGGAUGCCGAUCUUGAAGAUGAAACCACAGCUGCAAAUGGGUCUACGAAUGGUACGGCAGAUAAGUCUCAAAAGGACGGAAAGACUGUAUUGAAGGAAUCGAUGGCCACUGGUAGUGUUAAGUGGUCAACGGUUACUAUGUAUCUGGGCUCAAUGGGACAAUGGUACUAUUGGGUUAUGGCUGUUGCGGUAUUCUGUCUGCAGCAAUUGGGCUCCGUCUCGACUAAUAUCUGGAUUCGACAGUGGGCUAACGCCUACCAAUCUUCUAGCGUUGGACCGAAGGAUGAUGCCGGUACUUACGCUGCUGUCGCUCAUCUCAAGCCUCCAACCUUCAAUGUCGGCAGUGUUUCCAAGAUGAGCACAUGGGUACCCCAACAACUACCAUCUAGCAUCAGUCCUACUACUCCCGAUGGCGAAGUCAAUGUGAUGUACUACUUGGGUGUGUAUGCUCUGCUGGGUAUUGGGUACAUCUCGAUUUCUUUGACGCGCGAAGCCGUGCUGUUCUGGGGUUCUCUUCAUGCAUCAUGGAAGAUCCAUGACCGUCUGCUAAAGACCGUUAUGCAUGCCAAGUUCCGCUUCUUUGACUCAACACCACUCGGCCAGCUCAUGAACCGAUUCUCCAAGGAUGUCGAAGCGGUUGACCAGGAAGUGGCACCUGUGGCAAUAGGCAUGCUGCACAGUCUUGCUUCAGUCAUCAUGAUUGUCAUCCUUAUUUCCAUCAUCACCCCAGGAUUCUUGAUUGCGGGCAUUUUCAUCACUUUGGUGUACACUGCACUGGGCGCCAUCUACCUGAACUCUUCUCGUGACCUCAAGCGUCUGGAGUCUGUGCAGCGAAGCCCCUUGUACCAGCAAUUCGGUGAGACUUUGAAUGGUAUUGUCACCAUUCGUGCUUACGGUGACGGGCCUCGGUUCAUUGUCGACAAUCACCGUCGUAUCAAUGCGUAUAACCGACCUCAUAUCUAUCUCUGGGCUGCUAACCGCUGGCUCGCUCUUCGAGUUGACUGGACUGGUGCUCUGGUUUCGUUCUUCGCCGCGACCUUUGUCCUGAUUAAUGUUGGCAAUAUCGAUGCCGGUGCCGCUGGUCUUUCCCUUACUUACGCCGUUACCUUCACUGAGAACGUGCUGUGGCUUGUUCGUCUUUACUCAGAGGUUCAGCAAAACAUGAACUCGGUUGAGCGAGUACGUGAGUAUCUAGAGGUUGACCAAGAAGCCGCUCCUAUUAUCCCUGAUUCUCGCCCGGCAAAGGGAUGGCCACUUGAAGGUGCUGUAGAGUUCUCUGGCUACACUACCCGCUACCGUCCUGACCUAGAUGCGGUGCUUAAGGAGGUCUCUUUCUCUGUUAAGGCCGGUGAGAAGGUCGGUAUCGUUGGUCGCACAGGCGCCGGAAAAAGUUCUCUCGCCCUUGCCCUCUUCCGUGGAUUGGAGGCCGAGAAAGGUAAGAUUCUCAUCGACGGAGUCGACAUUGGUGCAAUUGGCCUGCGAGAUCUCCGUGAGGCCAUCACAAUUGUGCCUCAAGAUCCCACUCUGUUCACCGGAACCAUUCGCAGUAACCUAGAUCCAUUCGGUCUGUUCACCGACGAGGAAAUCUUCACCGCGCUUCGUCGUGUGCAUUUGAUCGGAUCUCCGUCAGGAAGCACAACUCCUUUGACCGGAACCACGUUCAACGCAACUGAAGCCAAUGGUGGCGUCGAUGGUGGCGUCGAUGGUGGCGUUGAUGGCGGUGCCAAUGGCAGCGCUGUCACAGUCGUCGACAACAAGAACAUCUUCCACAACCUGGAAAGCUUAGUCUCGGAGUCUGGGUCCAACUUGUCUCAGGGCCAGCGACAGCUCCUGUGUCUUGCCCGCGCACUCCUUAAGAAACCCCGCGUCCUCAUGAUGGACGAAGCCACUGCAUCCAUUGACUACGCUACCGAUGCCAAGAUUCAGGAGACCCUCCGUGAACUCCACGAUAGCACAAUCAUCACCAUUGCUCAUCGCCUGCAAACGAUUAUUGACUAUGAUAAGGUUUUGGUCCUUGAUCAUGGUAAAGUGAUCGAAUACGACCACCCCUGGACUCUCAUCAACCGCGAGGAUGGUCUAUUCCGCGGCAUGUGCGAGAACAGCGGGAACAUGGACGUGCUUCUUGAUGGAGCCAAGCGUGCCUGGGUCCAGAAACGCCUGGUCGAUGACUCUUAA